UAAACAAAAUCAACAAAAAAAAAGUAUUAUGGCGGAAUAUAUGCAGGAGCACCCGGAUUUGGCCAGAAAUAUUCUGCCAAAUUGCGUUCAAAGAAGAACCGUUGCUCAAAGAUUGUGGGAGCAACUUUCCUUAAAAUUAAAUUCUGCUGGUCCGCCUAUAAAAGAACUUAAAAUGUGGCGUAAAGUAUUUGCAGACCAAAGGCAGAACGUUAAAAAGAAGCUGUCUUUUAAUAAAGCUUCUAAGCAAAAGACCGGAGGUGGGCCUUACCAAGAAAAGCUUUUGACGGCGUCCGAGGAGCUGCUGCUGCAAGCUACUGCAAUGGACGUUUCAAUGGAGUACGUGCUGAAAACUUUCACUUCCCAAAAGCGAUAACGUAGCAGCUAAUUGCAAGACGGAGGGUACUGAUGUGGACAUAUGCCCCUCAAACUCAAGCUCCGAAAGCACGUACUCGAAUGCAGGUUUUGACAGUCGGAAACGUUUUUUGAACCUGCAAAUAAAGAACUUUAACGUAUGCUGCUGCUGGUAAACUUAAGGGAUUGCUUUUGUCACGUAAUCCU